GACUGACAAAAUAUAUCGAAUAUAUAAAUAAGAAAAAAUACGAUUCGUGCCAUAACUAAUUGAAUGAGGCAAAUACGAAAUAUAUUAAAUGGUUUAACUGUGUUAUAAUCAUAUAGGUCUACUCGAGUGGCCUUAUGCUUUUUAUAAAAUGAAUGUUCUAGAAAUAUGAUAAAAGAUAACAGUGUUCAUUUAAUUACAUUUAUUUAACCACGAUAAAAUAAUUAUUACGACAAAUUGUAUAGUUCCCUAAUAAGAGACAAUGCACGCUCAUUAAUUAAUGUGUUGGAUAAUUGAUACUAGCAAUGCUUUUUUUUUUUUUUAAAUAAAAAGCUCUUUAUGUAACAAAUGAUAACAUCCUAACAAGUUGAAUAAGUACUUUACCUAAAUGGUGUGAGUUAGUGUUUGAUGAAUCUGACAAACAUUUGUUGUCCUUUAAAAAAUACAGUAGCUUUAAUGACGUUGUACGUGCGCUUGUUUUACUUGAAAAUCGAAAACCCCAAAGAAUAAAUAAAAUCGAAAACAAGUCUGAGUGUAUAUUAUUUCAAGUGUAUUUAUACACUUUCAAAUUUACUUGGAGUAGGAAAUAGGGAAACAUUAUUUAUUUAAACUGGUGAAUGAAUUGCAAUACCAUCAUGAACCAUUAGAUGUUCCAGAGCCCCGGAUUUAAGAAUACAAAAAUAGAAACCAUUGGUAUACUCAGUGUAAAGACCAUUGUAUCCACCAGAGGGCGCCAUUGUAUAUCCGUGGCAAGAUGUGCAUAUUUCAACACUUUCUCUGCAAAUAUCAAAACCAACCUUCCCAAUACCACAAUUUCCUUUCAUAUAUUAGGACAAGCAGAAACAUUCCCCAUUCUUGAGAUGGAUGCUGCCUUUAUUCCCUUUGCUUUUCCACCUCAAAUCCUCCACACAACAAAUGCAUUGUAUUUCAGCGUCAGUACAUCACAUAAAAAUAUUUGCACACUAUUAAACUAAACUCACACGAUUCAGUUCACUUGUUUAUGUCUCCUUUGGUACCUGGGGCGGCCCACCUUUGAUCCAAAAUAGCUGUGCUACUAUAUAUAUGUGUGUUUGAACAGCAGAAGUCGGUGGGGUAUAAAUAUAUCCACAGGGAAGUUUAGCAAAACAGGUUUCUCCUUCCUCAGGUACUAAUGUAGUUGAAUGUGUUACUUUCUUUCUAAACCUCUUUUUAUUCAUAAACAGGCCAGUGGAGAAUGACGGUGGUCCCUGAGGAGUUAUUUCACACUCUUAAGAUUCAAAGGAAGGCACCAACAUCUGUGUUUAAGAAUCUGGAUUAACAAACUAUGUACUACUGGAGGAAUAAAGGCACAGUCUUCACUGUAACACAGAAGCCAUUGCACAGACAUGAUAUUAAUAUAAUGUCAAUGGACUCUUGUAAAUAACUCAAUGCAUGACGGCAGAGAAAAUAAAGACGUUUUGGACUGCACUAUUUGUGGAAUAGGCCUCUGAGGCUCGGGACCAUUUGGCUUGACUUUCUUUGAAGAAGGUUUUGUGGAGGGUUAAACCCGUACUCCUCCUUCUCUCUGUCGCUCUUUCAUUCUGCCCAGGAACGGCUGUACGUCACUGUGGGUGCAGAUAUAAAAUAGUCUUUGGCUGGAUCUUGCCACUGCAGCACUGUACUGUAAUUCAUGUCAGUGAUGAGAGCAUUUUUAGCUGUUGUCUUGUAACCUGUUGGGGGCAAGUCUCUGUUUAAACUCGUGGAUAUCCAGGAUUGAGAUUGCUGGCAUUUUCUAGCUGCUGCUUGGUUUAUUGUUGCCAUACCAUGUGGACAUGGAUGUUUUCUUCACUGAUUGUUUGUGUUUUGUUCCUGCACACCAGUGGAUUCCAGAAAGAGGACUCUCAAGCUGGUUGUAGCACAACUCCCAAUGACCUUGCGUUCAUCAUUGAUGGCUCCUCAAGCUUGGGGACCCCUAAUUUUGAAACUGCCAAGCGUUGGCUCAUCAACAUCACCAGUGGCUUUGACGUGAGCACCAGGCACACUCAGGUGGCAGUCAUCCAAUACAGCGACACCCCUCGACUGGAGAUUCCUCUGGGAAAGCAUCAGAACAGCCAAGAACUCAUCGAGGCCAUCACCUCCAUGUCAUUCCUGGGGGGCAGCACACGGACCGGCCGUGCCAUCAAGUUUGCCACAGACCAUGUCUUUGGUAUGCCUAACCGCACAUCCCAGACUCCCAGAAACCGCAUCGCCGUGGUCCUCACUGAUGGGCGCUCGCAGGAUGAUGUUGAGGAUGCUGCCAUGGAGGCCAGAACACAGAAUAUUGUUCUGUUUGCAGUUGGUGUGGGAAAUGAGAUAACGAACUCUGAAUUGGUGUCUGUGGCCAACAAGCCAUCUUCUACAUACGUGCUGCACGUGGAGGACUAUAAAUCCAUUGCAAGCAUAUGGGACCUGAUGGAGCAGAAACUGUGUGAAGAAUCAGUGUGUCCAACGCGGAUCCCUGGGACAGUGAACGAUCAGAAGGGCUUUGAUCUAAUGAGCCUGAUGAAGAUUGAGCAGGUGGCUCAGAAGGUUCAGGGAUCUUUGAUUUCAGAGAGAGCAUCUCAGCUCAGCGCUCAGAUGGACAUCACCCACAACACCAGAGAGAUCUUUCCAGAAGGCCUUCCACCAGCUUUUGUGUUUGUGGCCACUUUGCGCUUGAAGAACCCAGCUCACUGGAUGAAGUUGGACCUGUUAAGGGUGUUGUCUCAGGACGGGGUUAAGCAGCUCGCCGUGACUUUGAAUGGAGCAGACAAAUCGGUCACUUUCACCUGCACCAGCACUCUAAAGAAAGAGCAGACAGUCAUAUUUAAUGCCCGAGGCAUCAAGAGGCUCUUUGACACAGACUGGCACCAGCUGAAGUUCCUGGUGAGGUACAAACGCAUCACCUGUUUCAUAGACGAUGUAUAUGUGGAGGAGCAGCUCCUAGAUUCAGUUGUUCCCAUCUACAUUAACGGAAAGACUCAGGUCUCCAAGAGAAUCAAUACUGAGACUACAGUCCCUAUAGUGCUACAGAAGUUACGGAUCUACUGUGACCCCCAGCAAAGUGAGAGAGAAACAGCAUGUGAAAUCUACUCUGUGGAUAAUGACAGGUGUCCUCCGGAUCGCUCUCCUGCUGUAGAAGGUUGCGACUGUCCUAGUGGUAAACCUGGUCUGCCCGGUCUACCUGGGCCUAUGGGCUUCAGAGGGGAGAAAGGCAGAGAAGGACCUCCAGGCCCUGAUGGUAAACUGGGGACACCAGGAGAAAAGGGAGCAUCUGGAGAGCCUGGCCGAGAUGGAGAGAAAGGUGAAGCAGGUGAACCAGGACAAAAAGGGGAGCGAGGGCUGGAAGGAUCCAAAGGUGAAAUGGGACCACCAGGGCCUUCAGGACCAACAGGCACUUCCAAAUUGGAUUUAGAUGACUUGGGAAUUCAAGGAAGCAAGGGAAUCCCAGGAGAACCAGGGGAAAUGGGACCACCCGGAAAACCUGGACUGAAUGGUGAACCUGGGACACCUGGUCUACCUGGACUUACUGGUCCCAAGGGAGAGAAAGGAGAUAUUGGUGUGGCAGGAUCAGAUGGACAACCUGGACUCCCUGGUAUACAGGGGCUUCCUGGAGAGAUAGGCCCUGCUGGACCUCAAGGUGAUGGAGGCAUGCCAGGACCAGCAGGUUUUACUGGACCAACAGGACAGCAGGGACCCCCAGGACCAAUUGGCCCACCUGGCAUAAAAGGUCCUCCAGGUCCAAAAGGGAAUUCAGGCUCUCGUGGACAGGGAGGGCUCCCUGGACCACCUGGUGCUAAAGGUUCAGAUGGAGAGCACGGCAUUCAAGGUCCCUCUGGCAUUAGAGGUCUACCAGGUUUUAAAGGUCAUAAGGGUGACUCAGGAUCACCUGGACCAAAGGGGAGUCAGGGUGAGAAAGGAAACCAGGGAGAACCUGGUGUUGCUGGAAAACAUGCUGAACCGGCCGUGAAAGGGAACAAAGGAGAGCCAGGUGUACAAGGGGAGCCUGGGAGCAGAGGGGCUGAUGGGAAAAAGGGAGAUGUGGGUCCAUCAGGCCCACCUGGAUCUAAAGGCUUUCCGGGUUUAGAUGGGUUACCAGGGCAACCAGGACUUCCAGGUCACCCAGGGAAUCCAGGCAAAGCACCUUCAGAAGAGCAGCUGAUGAAGAUCUGUGCUUCUGUGCUGCAGAGCCAGCUGCCACAGCUCCUGCAGGUGAUGGGUCAAAGCAGCUGCCAACAUUGUGAAACCAAACAAGGACCACCAGGUGAUCCAGGACCCCUGGGCUCAACGGGCCCAUCUGGACCCCCAGGGUAUCCCGGCAGAGCGGGGUCUCCAGGAUUACCGGGAUCUCCAGGGAGGAGGGGACCUGAAGGGGUAAAAGGUGAAAUUGGCCCAAUGGGUAUGAAAGGUGCUAAAGGACAGGGUGAAAUUGGGUUGCCAGGUCCACCCGGCCCAGCAGGUUUGCAGGGCCCACGUGGGAAUGAGGGGGAAGGAUAUCAGGGGCCUUCUGGUCCACCAGGGAAAACUGGCAUUCCAGGCACCCCAGGCAAACGUGGGCCCCCGGGACCCAUGGGAGUCUGUGACCUGUCCUCUUGUUAUCAAGCCUAUGACUUUCGGAACGAUCCUUUCAGGAAAGGACCAAACUUUUAGCAUCGGGACAGUGGGAUCAUACUGAUUCUAUGCCGUCUUUUCUUUCUCAAAUGAACAUUUCUGGUGCUCAGCAUUGACCUCAAGAACUCAUAACCUCUAAAGAAAGAUGAUCUUUACUUUAAAUAUGUGAUCUGUUUUCCUGCUUGAGAAUCUUGUGUUGUAUGUGUUAAAAUCUCUCAUGAAUCCAUGUUUUUAAUUGAUUUUGGUGCAUGCUCUGGCUGCUUUUUGCAAACAGAAAGGGACUGUUGAGCUGUUGUGCAUUAUGUUCCAAGUUUUCUGAAGAAUUUGAGCAGGAAACAGACUAAAAAAAUCAAUCAUUAUUUGGUGCUCUCAAACAUUGUGCAUGUUCACACACUGUACAAACAUCAUUGAUUAUUUUGUGUCCUGUGACUAAUUUAAUUUUCAUUUUCAAUUUUCGUUUUUGGGUGUAUUGUUCCUUUAAAGAAAAUUGCUAUACUGCACUGCCCUGGGAAAGCUACCUCUGUACAGGAUGUGUAACAAGGAUAUGUUCAAAAUACUUCUGCUCAAGGGCUAUUGGUUAGUUUCGAUAGGAACAUUUUUACUACUACACCAUUUUUUUAUCAUCAUGAUUAUUUAAUUAUACUUUUAAUUGUUUGAGAAUUUGUCUUGUAGUUUUUAGCAGCAAUCUUAAUAGUGUAGAUGUGGCAUGUCUAUUUUUGACUGGAUACGUUUCUGCAAAGAUUUCACAUCUAUUUAAUGUUUCCUGUUUGUUCUUUUUCAUUAAUGCAUAUAGGAUUUUAGCUUUGUCAUGUUAUUUAAUUUUUGUAAAAAAAAAUUUGAAUCAUUUAUUUGAGCAGCUGACAUUUGAAACU